UGUAUGCUACGUAUAUUAAAUGUAUCACCGGCAAAUGCGAUUAAGUUUCAAAAGAUACUCGAAAUUGUUCCGGGUGAUUGGUUUUCACCUCCAACGUUGGAGAAAAUUGCGCGUGGGGCU